UACUAAACAGAAACACCCUCAACAACAAUUCAAGUUUUUCAAUGAUAAGAGGAACAAGAGGGUACAUGGCACCUGAGUGGGUUUACAAUUUACCAAUAACCUCAAAGGUUGAUGUUUACAGCUAUGGAAUUGUUCUCUUGGAGAUGAUAACUGGAAAAAGCCCAACAAUGGAUAUUGAAACAGUUGAUGGAACAGAGGCACACAAUGGGAGGCUGGUAACAUGGGUGAGAGGGAAACAGAGGAGAAAUUCUUGGGUGGAGGAAAUCAUGGAUCCUACAAUUGGGACAUAUUAUGACGUGAAUAAGAUGGAAAUUUUGGCAACAGUUGCGUUGGAUUGUGUAGAGGAAGACAAAGAUGUAAGGCCCACCAUGAAGCAAGUGGUUGAGUUCCUCCAAAGCCAAGAAAGUUGAAAAUGCACUGUGAUGGAUGCCAUUGUUUAUUUGUGGAAAUUGACAGAUUUGUUGCUUUGAUUUUUCAUAUGUUAAAUAGUUCAAGUAAUUUAGCAUUUCAAGCUAUAUUUAAGUUUGAAUCCUUUGGAUUUACGGUGCUUCUGUCUUAGUUAAUAUCUGUAACUGUUUCUGAUUGCAUUUGUUGUCUGUCUUGUUUUUCUUUCUGUUUGAAGCAUGUAUUAUAUAUAUAUAAGAUUGCUGAAUCUAAUAAAAGACUCGUUACUUUCGAGU